AGUUUGGGCUUUAAAGUGUAACCAUCGGAGACGAGACCAGAGGCCGAACUCGGGUUCUGACAAGAUGGCCGGGCUGCCCCGCAGGAUCAUCAAGGAAACCCAGCGUUUGCUGGCAGAACCAGUUCCUGGCAUCAAAGCCGAACCAGAUGAGAGCAACGCCCGUUAUUUUCAUGUGGUCAUUGCUGGCCCUCAGGAUUCCCCCUUUGAGGGAGGGACUUUUAAACUUGAACUAUUCCUUCCAGAAGAAUACCCAAUGGCAGCCCCUAAAGUACGUUUCAUGACCAAAAUUUAUCAUCCUAAUGUAGACAAGUUGGGAAGAAUAUGUUUAGAUAUUUUGAAAGAUAAGUGGUCCCCAGCACUGCAGAUCCGCACAGUUCUGCUAUCGAUCCAGGCCUUGUUAAGUGCUCCCAAUCCAGAUGAUCCAUUAGCAAAUGAUGUAGCGGAGCAGUGGAAGACCAACGAAGCCCAAGCCAUAGAAACAGCUAGAGCAUGGACUAGGCUAUAUGCCAUGAAUAAUAUUUAAAUUGAUCCGAUCAUCAAGUGUGCAUCACUUCUCCUGUUCUGCCAAGACUUCUUCCUUUUUGUUUGCAUUUAAUGGACACAGUCUUAGAAACAUUACAGAAUAAAAAAGCCCAGACAUCUUCAGUCCUUUGGUGAUUAAAUGCACAUUAGCAAAUCUA